AAUGACAAGUUUAUAACGAAAAUCUUUUUUUUUUAUGGAUUUUUGUAUUGGGAUAAUGAUAUAAAAGAAUGUCUAUAGUUUUUAUUAAGGAACAUAACGAAAAUAUUUAUGGUAUACAAGAUGUGGUCAACGAAUCAUCAUCGAAACAUCACAUAAAACCCAUUGACGAAACAAAACUAGCAAAAUGUUCGCAAUCUAUUACCCCAAUUCCAAAGGUUCAACCAAAACUAACAUUUAAAUCAUCAAAACCGGAUCCGAAACAUUUUUUAAGAAAACGAAUCCCACCAAAACCGUGCUUAAAAUUAACGAGAAAAAGGUUUUUAACAAAACCCGCAGUCCCCGAAACAAUUAAAACCGUCCAAGAACAAGAUGAAAAAUUAAAAUUUAUCCCACCAAAUGUGAUUCGAAGAAAUAUUCAAAAUGCUGUUAAUUCGAAACCGAAAUCACCUGAACGUGCCGUGGUUAUCGAUGAACAUGGGACGAGAAAGAAAUUGAGCGAAGCCCUCGAAGUCACCUACAUAAAUAAGAAAGCGUUCGCUAAAUUACCCGAGUUUGUUACUUUGGAAAAAAUUAUGAAGGAAAAGAAGAAAUUGAAGGAGAAAUGGAAAAGUGCCACGGCGCAAAAACCGAAAUGUAGGUACAUUGUAAGAGAUAGUCGAAAAAAAUUGUUGAAUGGAUUAAAAAAUAAUUGGGAAGAAUUACAACGGCAAUAUCAAAAGUUACCGAUUUUAAUGGAUACGCUUCCGAAGAAAAAUCGAAAAAGUCAACUUGAAAGUGAGUUGAAACAAAUUGAAAAGGAUAUCGUGUUUUUAGAGAGACAUCCUUAUAUUUAUGUGUAUGAUAACGACGAAUUUUUGGGCUAAACAGUUUUUUCUAAUAAAAUUAAAGUGAUAAAA